UGGCAAGUGAUUGACAAUAGCAACCCCCUUCCUUCAACUGCAACAGAUGAGACAAGAACAAAAAGAAGAAAUAAUAAGGAAGUUGAGAAGGAAGGUUCCAUAGUGAAGAACGUGUACGAGCUCGGAGGAAGAAGAUAACACCGAUGGGAUGAGAGUAAGAACGCCACCAGUAAUACCAAUGAGAGUUCUUUAUCUGUAAUGAGGACCAAGUAGUCGGCCAGUUUGUGCACCACAGAGAGUCAAUCAUUUCAACAAUAGUAACACCUGCUGAUGUUCACUCGAAAUAAGGGUCUAGAAGAUAUAUGUGAGAGGAUUCUCAAGUAAAGUUGAUGUACUCACACCAGAAGAUCAGGAGAAGUGUGUAAAAGAAACAAAAGUAUCACAUCGAGUGAGUCAAGAGAUUGAGGUGGAAUCUCUACAGACAGUGAAAGAACAGAAACAGAAGAACAACCUGUUAGAAAGUCAACAAAAUGGACAGAAGAAAUCGUGAGACUGAAGAAGAUGAAACAGUCGAGGAAGAUGAGAGCGCCAGUCGUGUUAAUCUUUCCUGCCUCACACAGGUGGUGGUGGGGUCUUAGAGAUGCUGGAAACAGUGCUGAAAUAUUCUUCUGACACCACUACCAGAACCUUAUUAACAGAGGCCCUGUAUAUGGACCAGGCAAUAGUGAUGGCAAAUCAUCCACAGCCUGUCAUAAUGACUGCUGUUAUCAAGCUGUUCACAACAAUGCUGGAUAGAUGUUCACCUGAGGACAGUCUUCUGCAUCUCCGCCAGAACAUUCCCCUAAUAAUGGCUCAGCAGCUCCAUAAACAUGCAACAAUUUCCACCCAUUUAGUGUUGGCAGCAUUUUCCCUCGCCCUGGGACGUUCAUUCACAUUUGAAGAUUAUGCCGUUGACUGUGAUCCCAGCCUUGCUCUCCCACAACAGGUUGUGUUGUUCAUCCCAUUGAUGGCAUUGCUUCCCCAUUCAGCACAAGACAUUGCACUCUGCCACAAUUCUUUGAUGGUGAUGCUCGACUUAUUGCACAAGGUGGUUACCAAACCU